GUUUCACAAAUUUUUUGUCUACGUAAAUAGUUGUUAAAUAAAAUAGAAAUAUAGAAAAAGAAUAACCUAAACGAUCCAGCAAUUUGCUUUGCCGUAUAUUUGGCAUUGUUUGAUUUGGCAAUUUUUAUCAAUAGAAUUUAUUUAGAUUGAGUCGCUUCUAAUCUGUAGUGGUUAAUAGGAAUACCAAAGUUAACGAUUAUAAACUGACUGUGCUUGGGAGAGUAUAGGAUCAUGUCGGCUUUGCUGAAAAUGCAACGAGUGCAAAAGCUCUUUACGCCCGCCUUUGUGCGCAGCGUUUCGGAGGCAGCUAAAUACCCGAAAAUUACAACCCAUUACACUCUGAAUCCUCGGGAGAAGGAUGAAAGAUGGAAGGAAGUCGAUAUGGAGCGUUGCAUCGAGGAGGUGGACAUUGUCAUUGUGGGCGGUGGACCAGCGGGAAUGUCAGCAGCCAUAAGAGCCAAACAAUUGGCUGCUGAAAAAGAUCAGGAAAUUCGUGUCUGUGUGGUGGAAAAGGCCGCCGAGGUGGGCGGUCAUAUACUUUCCGGAGCUGUGCUUGAUCCCAUAUCUUUAAACGAACUCAUACCCGACUGGCAGGAGCAGGGUGCUCCCCUUAAUACGCCUGUGUCAAAGGAUACUAUGAAUUAUCUCACACCCACCGGACGCAUUUCCAUACCGAUUUUUAAGGGUUGGCCUAUGGACAAUCAUGGCAACUAUGUGGUCCGUUUAGGUCAUCUGGUUAAGUGGCUAGGCGAUCAGGCUGAAGCUCUGGGUGUGGAAAUCUAUCCAGGCUGUGCCGCCUCUGAGGUGCUCUUCCAUGAGGAUGGCAGUGUCAAGGGUAUUGCCACCAACGAUGUGGGCAUAGCAAAGAAUGGAGCGCCCAAAGAUACCUUUGCCCGUGGUAUGGAACUGCAUGCAAAAACCACCAUCUUUGCUGAGGGAUGUCGUGGACAUCUGACGAAACAAAUUUCACAAAAGUUUGGACUCAAUGUCGGCAGCGAGCCCCAAACCUAUGGCAUAGGUCUCAAAGAAGUUUGGGAGAUUACACCAGAGAAGCAUCAACCCGGUCUGGUGGAGCACACAAUUGGCUGGCCUUUGGAUAAGUUUACCUAUGGCGGCUCUUUCUUGUAUCAUCUAAAUGAGCCUACUCCCACCGUUGCUGUAGGCUUUGUGGUUGGUCUUAACUACAAAAAUCCCUGGAUAAGUCCCUUCCAAGAGUUCCAGCGUUUCAAAACACAUCCCAAAGUGCGUGAUGUUUUCGAGGGAGCCACACGUAUUGCCUAUGGAGCUCGUGCCAUUAAUGAAGGUGGCUUCCAGAGUCUGCCCAAAAAGCUAUCCUUCCCAGGUGGCUGCUUAGUCGGUUGCAGUGCAGGAUUCUUGAAUGUGCCCCGCAUUAAGGGCUCUCACUAUGCCAUGAAGAGUGGCAUGUUGGCGGCGGAAAGUGCUUUGGAAGCCAUCAAUGGUGAUACUCAGGCUACAGCUGGAGUAGAGCCAACAACCUAUGCCGACAAAAUUAAGGAUUCAUUUGUGUGGAAAGACUUGUAUAAGGUACGCAAUGUCCAUCCCUCUUUCCAUAAUCCCUUCGGUCUCUUUGGCGGUCUGGUGUUGAGUGGUUUCUCCAUAUUUAUGGGUGGCCGUGAGCCAUGGACUCUUAAACAUGGACCACAGGAUCACGAAACUCUGCAGCCAGCGAAUGCCAGUCAGCGUAUUGUCUAUCCCAAGCCUGAUGGCAAAAUCUCCUUUGAUCUAUUGUCAUCGGUGGCAUUGACUGGCACAAAUCACGAGGGGGAUCAGCCAGCACAUUUGACGCUGAAAGAUGAUCACAUACCCGUCGAUCAUAAUCUUGCCUUGUAUGAAGGACCUGAGCAACGUUUCUGUCCCGCCGGUGUCUAUGAGUAUGUGCCCAAUGAGGAGGGCGGCAACAUGAAGCUACAGAUCAAUGCCCAGAACUGUAUACAUUGCAAAACCUGUGAUAUCAAGGAUCCCAAACAGAAUAUCAAUUGGGUGGUGCCCGAGGGAGGCGGCGGUCCCGCCUACAAUGGCAUGUAAAUCAUGAGACUAUGAUGAUGAAGAUGAUGAUGUUAAUAAAAUUAUGUACCAUAAUUGCA